GCUCCGGGGUGGCCCGGCGGCGGCCCGCGGGGUCGGAGGGGACCCACCGGGGCGGGAGGCGGCUCGGCUCCCCCCCCUCCACCCCCCGCGCUUCCCACCCCCCCCUUUUUUUUUAUGCAAACGCCGGGAGAGGAUUGUUGCACAUUGUUGCAAAAGCAAAGAGCAAUAAAAAACACAGUGAGCGGCGGCGGGAGCGCGGGCGGCGGCGGCCGGCGGCGCCGCUGGGGAGCGGCGAGGCUGGCGGCGGACCCCGGCGCGCAGAGCCCGGCUGAUUGGAAGAGAAACGCAGCGCCAUGGAGGCGGGGGAAGCGCGAUCUCUCUGCGGGGACUGGAGCGCGUCCACGCCCGGGGCCAGCGCUGCAGAGCUGGCCGCCGUUCAACCGGCGCUCCCCGCCCCGGCCCCGCCGAGCCCCGGCCCCGCCGCGCCGCGGCCCCAGCCGCCGGCCCGCAGAGCCGCGCGCCCUUGAGCGGAGGCAGAGCCGGAGAGGGACCCGCGGGGGCUGGUGCCGGCGUCGGGCGGCUGGAGGAUGAACGGCGAAGCCGAGUGCCCUACGGACCUGGAGAUGACAGCUCCCAAAAACCAAGACCGCUGGUCUCAGGAGGACAUGCUGACCCUGCUGGAGUGCAUGAGGAACAACCUGCCUUCCAACGACGGCAGCAAGUUCAAAACCACCGAGUCCCACCUGGACUGGGAGAAGGUGGCUUUCAAGGACUUCUCGGGGGAGAUGUGCAAGAUGAAGUGGAUGGAGAUUUCCAACGAGGUGAGGAAGUUUCGGACCCUGACGGAGCUCAUCAUGGACGCUGAAGAGCACGUCAAGAACCCUUACAAGGGCAAAAAGCUCAAGAAACACCCCGACUUCCCCAAGAAGCCCCUGACGCCCUACUUCCGCUUCUUCAUGGAGAAGCGGGCCAAGUACGCCAAGCUGCACCCCGAGAUGAGCAACCUGGAUCUCACCAAGAUCCUGUCCAAGAAGUACAAGGAGCUUCCCGAGAAGAAAAAGAUGAAAUACAUCCAGGACUUCCAGCGAGAGAAGCAGGAGUUUGAGAGGAACCUGGCGCGGUUCAGGGAAGACCACCCGGACCUCAUCCAGAACGCCAAGAAAUCCGACGUCCCCGAGAAACCCAAGACCCCCCAGCAGCUGUGGUACAACCACGAGAAGAAGAUCUACUUGAAAGUGCGUCCAGAUGCCACCACGAAGGAGGUGAAAGAGUCGCUGGGCAAGCAGUGGUCUCAACUCUCGGAUAAAAAGAGGCUGAAAUGGAUUCAUAAGGCCCUGGAACAGCGGAAGGAGUACGAGGAGAUCAUGCGCGACUACAUCCAGAAGCACCCCGAGCUGAACCUCAGCGAGGAGGGCAUCACCCGCUCCACCCUCACCAAGGCCGAGCGGCAGCUCAAGGACAAGUUUGACGGACGACCCACCAAGCCGCCUCCGAACAGCUACUCCCUGUACUGCGCGGAGCUGAUGGCCAACAUGAAAGACGUGCCCAGCACCGAGCGGAUGGUGCUGUGCAGCCAGCAGUGGAAGCUGCUCUCCCAGAAGGAGAAGGAUGCGUACCACAAAAAGUGCGAUCAGAAAAAGAAAGACUACGAGAUCGAGCUGCUCCGCUUCCUGGAGAGCCUGCCCGAGGAGGAGCAGCAGCGGGUGCUAGGCGAGGAGAAGAUGCUGGGCAGCAACCGGAAAGGGGCGACGAGUCCCGCGUCCAAAAAGUCCUCGCCGGAGACCGGCAAGGCCAGCUCGGAGAAGCCCAAGCGGCCCAUCUCGGCCAUGUUCAUCUUCUCGGAGGAGAAGCGGAAGCAGCUGCAGGAGGAGCGGCCGGAGCUGUCGGAGAGCGAGCUGACCCGGCUCCUGGCCCGCAUGUGGAACGACCUCUCCGAGAAAAAGAAGGCCAAGUACAAGGCGCGGGAGGCGGCUAUGAAGGCGCAGUCGGAGAAGAAGCACGGCUCGGACAAGGAGGAGCGCGGGAAGCUGCCCGAGUCUCCCAAGACGGCCGAGGAGAUCUGGCAGCAGAGCGUCAUCGGAGACUACCUGGCUCGCUUCAAGAACGACCGGGGCAAGGCGCUGAAGGCCAUGGAGGCCACCUGGAACAGCAUGGAGAAGAAGGAGAAGCUGAUGUGGAUCAAGAAAGCGGCGGAGGAUCAGAAGCGAUACGAGAGGGAGCUGAGCGAGAUGCGGGCCCCGCCGUGCUCCACCAACUCCAAGAAGAUGAAGUUCCAGGGAGAGCCCAAGAAACCCCCCAUGAACGGUUACCAGAAGUUCUCCCAGGAGCUGCUCUCCAACGGGGAGCUGAACCACCUGCCGCUGAAGGAGCGCAUGGUGGAGAUCGGCAGCCGCUGGCAGCGCAUCUCCCAGGGCCAGAAGGACCACUACAAGAAGCUGGCCGAGGAGCAGCAGAAGCAGUACAAGGUGCACCUCGACAUCUGGCUCAAGAGCCUGUCGCCCCAGGAGCGGGCCGCCUACAAGGAGCACACCUCCAACAAACGCAAGAGCAUAGGGAAGAUCCGGGGCCCCAACCCCAAGAUGAAGCCGACGAUGCAGUCCAAGUCGGAGUCUGAGGACGACGACGACGAGGAAGAGGAGGAUGACGACGAUGAAGAUGACGACGACGACGACGACGACAACGGCGACUCGUCGGAGGAAGGCGGCGACUCGUCCGAGUCGAGCAGCGAGGAGGAGAGCGAGGACGGGGACGAGUGUGAAUGCCGCGUAAGGCAGCAGAGUCAAAGCUUUGCACCGGUGCAACGGAGGUCAGAGCGUGCUGGAUGGCGCUGGGGCCACAACCCGUGUCCGUGCCUUGUGCUCGCCAGCCGACAGAACGACGAGGACGAGGAUGAUGAGGACGAGGACGACGAGGACGACAACGACUCGGAGGGCAGCAGCAGCUCCUCCUCCUCCUCGGGGGACUCGUCCGACUCCGACUCCAACUGAUCCGCGCCCCCCGCCCGGCCCAGCGCUUAGGAACGGCGACUUUUGGGGUUUUUUGGUUUUUUUUCCCUCGGUUUCAGUCCCAUUUCCCCCCCCCCGGCCUUCCUCUUCCUCCUCCUCCUCCUCACCCCCCCCCCCCCCGAGCCCGGCCGGAGGAAGGGCGGCCCCCCGGGCCCGGCUCACACUACGGGGGGGCCGGGGGCUGCUGCCGGGGGCGUCAGGGCCGAGCCCCCCCCCCGCCUCGAGGCAGGCGAAGCCCCUGCUGUUGCUCCUGCUUUCCGGAGGCGCCACCCCCCCCCCCCCCAGUUUAUUUUAUUAUUUUUUUUUCCUUUUCCCCCCCCCCCCUUCGCUACCAGCUCCGGACUUUAUAGAAAGAGAAGAAAACCAACAAAAAAAAUCCCCCCCCCUUUUUUUUUUUAAAAAAAGCACCCCACAAACGGAAAAAAAGAAAAAAAAAAAAAACACAAAACACACAAAACCCCCCCAACGCCCCCCCCCACCCCCCCGCCGGCCCCAGGACGCGGCGCGUGAGCCGAGUUGCUCAGGACUCAGCCGCUGGGGCUCGCGGUCUCCCCUUCCCGCCCCCCCCCCCGGCACCUCCGGCCGGAGCUGGGCAGGGGCUGGGCCCCCCCCGGCCCCCCCCCGGCGCGGGAGCCGCAGCAGGACCCCCCCAUGCCGCCGCGGCACUUAGGAGCGAACUGUUACCGCUGAGCACGGGGGGGGGGCACGGGGGGACGGACGGACGGACGGACGCCCGGCACCGGACGCGGCGGCCCCCGGGGCCGUUCCUGCUCGUUGUGACCAAUUUUGGGGGUGGGGGGGCGGGGGGGGCUGCCGGGAGCGACUGUCUGUGUUGUCGGUGGUUGUUGUGCCGUUGUAUUUUAUUUUAUUCUUUUUUUUUCCUUUUUAUAAAACAAGAAAUAUCCAUCUUUUAUUUUAUUUUUUUCCCCUUCUUCCCCCCCCCUUUUUUUUUAUUUCUGAUUUUUCCCCUCCCUCCAUCUCUGUCCACCCCCCCCCGGCAAAGCUGCUCCCCUCCUGGCCCCCCCAGUUCCCCCCCGCCCCGUGGCCCUCCCUGGGGGCUGCGCUCUUGCGGGGGGGAUACAGGACCCCCCCCCCCGGCCAGGCUGUAAAUAUUGGUGCGGUUUGGGUCGAUUUGGGAGGUUUGAGCCCCCCCCCCCGCUUGCCGGGCCGGGGACCGGGAGGGCGGCGGGGGCCCCCCCUUUUUAAGCCGACGUGAGCACCAGCAAUCCCACGGGGACCCCCCCGGGGGGGCAGAGCUGGGGGGCCUGGUCCCCCCCCAGACCGGGGAUGGGGGGAGAAAUGUGCCCCCCCCCCGGGUGACAGGGAGGGGAGGUUGUGGCAUUUUUCUCCCGCGUGUUUUUGUUUAGCCGUUUUUCUGCUUUUUUACCCCAAAUCUCGGCGCAGGGUGCUCGGCUGCAAGAGGGGGUCACUCAGCAGCCCAAAUCCAGCUGCCCCCCCCCCCCAUAGGCAGGAGGGUUGGGGGCCCCCCCGAACCACUGCUGUCACCGCCGGGCCACCCCCCCGCCUCGAAUCGGGCCAAAAAACGCCGCUUUGGGGAAAAUUUUGCCCAUCCCGGGGCUCGCUCCGGAGGGGGGUCGCCCUGUCCCCCCCCGCACGGACAAUCCUCCCACCCCCCCGGGCCGGGGGCGCAAACGAGCGUCCCGCGUCCCCCCCCCCCGUCCGUCCCCCCCCCCCCCGGCUCCGUUUGGGGUUUCCAUUUUCUGCCCGGUUUUUAAUUUCCCGCCCGGUCCCUUUGCCGCUGAAUGUCCCCAGCGCCGUCGUGUUUUAGUGGAUGUGUUUUUAGUACAAAAAAAAGACAAAAAAAUACCUUUUUUUUUGUUCUGUUUAAAAAAAAAUAAUAAAAAUGAAAAAUUCUUACAGCGCCGACAAUUGGGGGAAAAGGCGUUUGCGCUGCAAGAGGAUUGAACCUGAGUGCAUUUUGGCACUGCCACAAAAACCCGGGAUCCUUUAGAUGGAAGUUCUUGUGAAUUACAUUAAAAACAAAAAAAAAAAAAAUCAUCUUUUUUUUCUAAUAUUUAAAGAGUGUUUUUGUAGGUUUAAAAAAAAUACGAAAAAAAUCCAAAAAAAAAAAAAAAAGAAUAAAUCCCACCUUGGAAUUUGUACCGCUGCCGGGACGCGGAGGCCAGGCCGGCCCCGGCGGCCCCGGUUUGCUUGGGUUUCGGUUCUUUUUUCGUUGUUUUUUGAGUUUUUUUUUUUUUUUUGUAUAAUAAAGUGAAAAAUAAUGUUUCUGUUCUCAUGUCAUUACUAUAAAAAAUAAAACUUUAGGAAAAAAAAAAACCCAAA